AUGAUGUCCGUCCCUAUCGAACUGGACUGUGAGACUCCUCGUGUUGAUAUUCCCUCUUCGCCUCCGAUCGGCCCUGGACAAGAUAUGGAAGGUCUUGGAUCUGACUACUACGCGUCAAUACGAGCAUAUCUCCGCUAUCCUGCUUUUGCUUCUCAGCCAGAGAAGUCCGAUAUCUAUGUUUUCGACAGUUCCCCCCAGGAGAAGGCUUAUUCGUUAACCAACAGCGAGAUAUUUGAAUCCCAUAUCGCAAACACCCAGAAGCCAGCCGCCCGCAUAGUGCAGGUUUCCUUUGACCCCUUUCUAGUGGCAUCCAGUCUGAUAAUUCCCAGGUCAAUAUGCUGUCAAAAUUCUCUGCGGCCCUCAGGCAUUACCGAACAGGCCUUGCGCAAGCUUAUGAGUCAAUACGACAUUGAUACUUCAUUUUUGGACCUUGUGGUGUCGUUUGGCGAUAAGCCACGGAGCUCUGAUGCUGGCCAUGGGGGUAUGAAGGUGAAGCAGAAAGAAGAUGGCGUGUGCGAUAUGCAGUAUCUCUUCACCUAUGCAGAAGAUGAUAACAGAGGAGGAAUAGCCUCGUGGAGAAUCCGCCAAGUCUGCAUGUUUCAUCGAUAUGACCCGUCGGGAUGGGGGAACCUCUGGAUUUUGAUUCACGCAAAAGCUCAAUCGAACCUCCAGCGUCGAAUGGAACAGAUACUAUCGACAGACCCUGCAGCUCUUCUUGGACGGUGGUUCUCUAUGCAUCUGCUUGUUCUUUCCACUUACCUAGGCAAUUGGCGCUGGUACAUUCGAACACUAGGCGAUGAGAUCGAAAAGACUGUGAAUCUAGCACUUACUCUGGACCUGUCAAACCCCCGAACAGAGGACCACAAGGACAGAUUCGUCCACCUACUCAAACAGCAGUACCUGGAAGAUAAACUCGCCUCGCUGACAUCUCGGUUAGGUGUUGCGUUGACAACACUCCACCGCUUGGAGAAGAUCAAUUCACUCUUCAUUUCCAUGGGAUUCUCAACUGAUAGAGAGUUCCAGACUGUGGCGGAUGACCUAACGUAUCACAUAACGUGUCUUGAGGGAAACCUGGAAAGUGUCAAUGUGCUGGAACGAAAAGUUCGGGCCAUCUCGGAUCUGCUAGCAGUUACCCUGACUGUGGAAAACCAAGCUGUAACGAUAGACAUUAACAACAAAAUGCUCGGUCUCAACAACAAACUUCUCAAGCUCACAGACGAGUCUUUAGAUGGGAAUGCCACAAUUCGGAUCGUGACUCUGGUGACCUUAAUAUAUCUGCCAGCCAGCUUUGUUUCUUGGGGUCCUGGUAUUGUUUCAGUCGGCGACGACAGCAUCAGAAAGAUAUAUAAGAGAGGCAAUUGA